AUGUCGGCUUCUCUACGCAGCAAGAGACCCCUGCAAGAGACUCCUACAAACUCUCAACAGCAACGAAAGAAAGCUACUCGGUCGAAAGCAGCAGUCCCUAGCACCUCAACACAAGACCAUGAAGGCGACGAUCAUGACUCACUAAGUGAAGAUGAAGACUAUUUAUGCAGCGAUUGUGAGGCCCAACAGGACAAGUAUCAAGAGCCGUGGCAAGGACCAAUGCAAGUCAGACAUUUUUGGCAGCUCGACAAAUCCCUCAAGAACAUAGAAAACGAAAUGGGUACGGACCUUCACGUCCUAGUGGAAGGAAUGGACAGGACCGAAAGCAAGAUACUACGUGUCGAAAACAUACUGAAGCAGCUCUUUGCAAACAGUAAGAAGCUCCCAGCAGGAACGACUGCAGCUCCAGCUCGGCAACCGACCAAAAAGACCGUACCCACAGCUGGCUCUGCAGCGGCUCAGGCGCCUUCGCAACAAUCCGCUGGAGCAACUUCACAAUCGUUUCCAUGGCAUUUGAUAUCCCGACUCGAGAACAUCGCUUUCAACAACGAUUAUGUGCAGUACGAACGCAACUUCAGAAGCCUUGUGAGCCUCGUCGUGGCUGCGCACCCUUCUUCAUUCCCAUACUUCUACCUGAAGGAGUGCUACCUGAAGCCUCUACCUGAGACCGAUCGACUCGAGCUCGAGAAGGCCCAACCAAAGACAAUGGAGGCAUUGUACGCCGAGUCGCUUCGCAUUGAGUGUGUCAAGUCGGCUGGUUCGUUAUUUUCAGGCAUCAGUCGACUUGUCGAACUCGGCGACGACCUGUCCAUGUUUCCGUCUUUAUUCGCCUCGAAUCCCUCUACAAGAUGGUUGGCUUUCAAGGCAGCUUUCUCGACUCCCACUGCAGCUUCGUCGACUCCUACUGCAGCUUCCUCGACUCCCACUGCAGCUUCCUCAACUCCUACUGCAGCUGCGUCGACUCCUACUGCAGCUGCCUCGACUCCUACUGCAGCUUCGUCGACUCCUACUGCAGCUUCCUCGACUCCCACUGCAGCUUCCUCAACUCCUACUGCAGCUGCGUCGACUCCUACUGCAGCUUCCUCAACUCCUACUGCAGCUGCGUCGACUCCUACUGCAGCUUCCUCGACUCCCACUGCAGCGUCCUCGACUCCCACCGCAGCGUCCUCGACUCCUACUGCAGCUGCGUCUGGUCCCACUGUAUCCUCGUCAAUUAGCGCUGCAGAGGCUGCUCCACAAUCCAAAUCUCAGGACAGCAGUCGCGCUCUCUGA